AUGCAUCAUUUUGGGAUGCCAUUGAUUUUAGCGGGACAACAACCCACAUUUCUGUUGGUUUUCUUCUUUCUUUUUUCUUUCUUUCUUUCUUUCUUUCUUUAUGUCGUUAUUACUUUCUUUCUUUCUUUAUGUCGUUCUUUCUUACUUUCUUUCUUUAUGCCGUUCUUUCUUUCUUUCUUUCUUUCUUUAUGCCAUUAUUUCUUUAUUUCCUUCUUUAUGCCGUUAUUUCUUUCUUCCUUUCUUUAUAUCGUUAUUUCUUUCUUUCUUUCUUUCUUUAUGUCGUUAUUACUUUCUUCCUUUCUUUAUAUCGUUAUUUCUUUCUUUCUUUCUUUCUUUCUUUAUGUCGUUAUUACUUUCUUUCUUUAUGUCGUUCUUUCUUUCUUUCUUUAUUCCGUUCUUUCGUUCUUUCUUUCCUUCUUUAUGCCGUUAUUUCUUUCUUCUUUUCUUUAUAUCGUUAUUUCUUUCUUUCUUUCUUUCUUUAUGUCGUUAUUAAUUUCUUUCUUUAUGUCGUUCUUUCUUUCUUUCUUUCUCUAUGCCGUUCUUUCUUUCUUAUGCCAUUAUUUCUUUCUUUCUUUCUUUCUUUAUGUCGUUAUUAAUUUCUUUCUUUAUGUCGUUCUUUCUUUCUUUCUCUCUCUAUGCCGUUCUUUCUUUAUGCCAUUAUUUCUUUCUUUCUUUCUUUAUGUCAUUAUUAAUUUCUUUCUUUAUGUCGUUCUUUCUUUUCUUUUUAUAUCGUUCUUUCUUUUUCUUUCUUUUGUUAUUAUUUCUUUCUUUCUUUCUUUAUGUCGUUAUUAA